AUGACCACAUUCGCCGCAACCCCGUCUCAAUCCCUCGACCCCUCCUCGCCUUCGUCGCCGCCAGAAUCUACGCACCUCAAAUAUCUACGAAAAUGCCUGACCCUGGCCGAAAAAUCACCGGCACGACCGACAAACUUUCGAGUCGGCGCUCUCCUGGUGCUACGUGAUGACACGCCGAAUGCGACAGCCGAUGACAAACUGCUCUCGACCGGGUACACCCUCGAGCUGCCCGGUAACACACACGCCGAGCAAAGCUGCUUACUGAACUAUGCGGCCACCCAUAAAGUCUACGAGGAAAAUGUCGCCGACGCAUUUCCGGCCAAGGAGGGGAAAAAGAUACUGCUAUACGUGACCAUGGAGCCAUGCGGGGUUCGACUAAGCGGGAACACGCCCUGUGUCAAACGCAUUAUCCAGACGAGACAGAAUAGUACAGAUGUCAACAAUGGGAUUGAUAAAGUGUAUUUUGGGGUCAAAGAACCGGGCACGUUCGUGGGCGAGUCGCAGGGCUGCAAGAUGUUGACUGCGGCUGGUAUACAGUGGGAGUUUGUGCCGGGGCUAGAGAAUGAGAUCUUAGCUGUGGCGACAGAAGGACACAAGCAGGCGAACAAGAAGCAGGAGGCAGAUGAGAGGGGUAGGAAUGUCGACGAAGUUUCCAAGGAAGAGAGGGAGCGACAGGAGCACAUGCCGAGGAAUCCGAAGAAGAGAAUGAUGGACACCGGUAUGCCGUGA